AUGGAUGGUCUCGUCGAGAUUUUCCUUUUCUUCGGAAUCCUCAUCUAUUUCUUCAACUUCAGAUCUGUCAAUAUGGUCGACAUACUCUCGACGCGUUUACAAGAAGUAUACGCAAAAUGGGAAACAAGAACAGAAGUGUCGCGGAAUCCAGAAUCGAGACCAGCUCGGUUUUCGAUAGAGGAACUUCGACGGACUGGUCAACAAUUAUACAGAAAGAGGAUACAAAACAGGGAGCAGGCUAGAAAACUUCGGGAAAGUUCUCUGUAUCAAAUUAAAGAGAACAAGCCAUUGCAACCUCUUGUUCCCGAAAAACAGUCGUUCCUACAUUAUUGCUGCAAUAGUUGCACUCCAUCGUCUAGAAAUUCAUUGGUAAAUACUGUCAGCAAACAGUACAUGCCUUAUGGUUUAAAUAUAUUGGUAAUUAAUCCAGGCUCAUCAUUGUUCUCCAAACUGUACUGUUGCAUUUCACAUGUUUAUAAUUUUAAAGAAUAUGCUUACCCAAGGGUAACACAAACAGUUUUAGCAGACGAAAGAUUGAAGGAAGCAAUUAAAUUGACUGCUUGGGAAACAGUUACCAAUGAGAGGUGUAGUGAAAAAGUUGCCUUGGCAAAGGCAAAGGCUAGAGCCAAGACUAUAAUAUCUCAAAUGGAAAGCAAAAUAAGCAAUGUUUUACUUAAAAUACUGGCAUGGAUUCUUUACAAAUUGAUGCCAUGUUUUAUACAAUCAGCUGUAGUAUUACCUUCUCAAAUAGAAAUGUUGAAGAAAGCAAAUGAAACCGGUCUUCCUUUGAUACUGAUUCCCUUACAUCGUAGUCACUUGGAUUAUGUUAUGAUUAGUUUUAUUUUUCUAAUGAACAAUAUUAGAAACCCGUUGAUCGCAGCUGGUGAUAAUUUGAAAAUUCCAUGCGUUGGGAGGUUUUUGCGUGGUUUAGGCGCAUUUUUUAUAAAACGACGGAUUGAUCCUGUUGUAGGCCGUAGAGACAUUCUUUAUCGUGCUACGCUUCACACGUACAUAAUGGAAAGCUUAAGGGCCGGCCAUAAUAUUGAGUGGUUUAUAGAAGGUGGACGUACAAGAACUGGUAAACCAUGUAUGCCAAAAGCUGGGAUUUUGAGCAUUGUUCUUGAUGCAUACAUGGAUGGAAUUGUUGAAGAUGCAUUAAUAGUACCUGUUGCAAUGAAUUAUGACCGUCUUGUUGAUGGAAACUUUGUUAGAGAACAGCUAGGACAACCAAAGGAAAUGGAAACAUUUGUAUCUACAAUUAAAGCUAUAUGGUCUACCUUAAAGGGCAAUUAUGGUAUUGUUAAAAUUGAUUUCUCUCAGCCUUUUUCACUUAGGGAGAUGUUGAAAUCUUUUCAAAACCAACAAAAUAAAUUGGCUGCAGGAAAAGUAACUCCUAAUGACAGACCUUUAAAAUCUACAAUGUCUAGUUCAUCGUUGUAUGGUACAGAUAUUGUUGCAGAAGAGUACCGUCAAUUAGUUGACAGUAUUGCGCGACACAUUGUGUACGAUUGUGCUAGUUUAAUGCCGAUCAUGUCAACCAACGUUGUUGCAUUCUUACUUCUGAAUAAGUUCCGAGAUGGUUGUACUUUAGAUGAUUUAAUUAAAGCAUUUGAUUUAACGAGGCAAGAAUUGGAAGUCCGUAAUAGAGACAUUGCAUUCUGUGGUGAAACUAUCGAUAUUAUAAAUCAUGCUUUGGACAUUUUGGGUCCAGGUUUAGUACAACUGCAGCGUCAAGAAAUUACGGAAAUAGUUGAUGGUCAGUCAAUCAAAUCAAAUGUUGUUACCGCAAUCCGUCCUGUAUCGAUUUUACCAAAUGUAAUCGAACUAUCUUAUUAUAGCAAUACAAUGCUAACCUGUUACGUUAUGGAUAGUAUAGUAGUAACAGCUUUGUAUGCUGAAUUGCAGUCACAAAUCAAUGAUCCAGUGGCUAUUGCACAAAACAAUAUUACAGUGUCUCAAGAUCUUUUGGUUCAAAGAUCACUUAAGCUUUGUGAUAUUUUUAAAUACGAAUUUAUUUUCUGCAAGCCAUGUCAGGAUUUAGAGUGCGUUAUUGAAGAAACUAUAAAGAAUCUCUCAUAUACAGGCAUCAUCACUUUACAAGAGGAAUGUUAUUUGCAAGAAGAAAUGUGGAGUAAAAGAUAUGCGCGAAAUUUUGAUGACAGUUCAGAUGAAGAACAUUUUAAAGAAAACAGGGCUAAAGAUAUUCAAUACAAACUGAACUUGGUACCAGAAUAUGCUGAAAGAAUGGAAUUUCUUCAUAUAUUAUUACGACCAUUAGUCGACACCUACAGCCAUAGUGCCUUUACUCUUCGGAAAUUGGUAGGGCGAUCACUUUCUGAAAGGGAUCUAGUUCAUGAAGUUUUAAGUGAGCUAAAAACAAAUUUUGAUCGUGGUUUAAUUAAUUACGGUGAGAGUUUGUGCGUUGAUCCAAUAAAGAACUCUUUAAAAUUAUUCGAAAAAUGGAAUGUUUUGGAAUGUCAUCCACAAGAGAAUGUUAGAAUUUUCUAUCUGAAAGACGAGUAUGAUGCAGACUCGGCUGUAACGAAAGUUCACGAUACGAUAGCAACUUUUAAGUGGACGAAAAACCCAAACUAAGAACAUUUGAGUUAUAGGGUAAUGUACGAAUAA